CGAAAGGAGGCGAGAGAGCCGCCGAUCGGAGUCAAAGCCCGGUGCCGACUUCACAUCUUUCUGGCUGUCAUAUGGAAGGAAAAAAAACGGAGUUUUGUGCUCUUAAAUGAAGUCAAGGAGGCUCCUGUCUGCUGUACCGUGGCGCGUAGUAGCGACUGUUCUGUAAACAGAGGGGUGGCUUCUUUAGAAGGGCAUUGCACUUUGUUUGAAAAAGAAUACAUUUUCAAAGUGUGGGAAUAUCCUAAAGAAUCACAGGCGGAGAAUGGCGUCUAUAGGGGAAUUCGACCCUCUUCACUCUACAGUUCCUGCUACUAAAAUUGAGGUCACCGUAUCGUGCAGGAGCCUACUGGAUAUGGACACAUUCUCCAAAUCUGAUCCUGUUGUAGUUCUGUAUGUACAAGGCAUCGGCACAAAAGAAUGGCGGGAGUUUGGAAGAACCGAAGUUAUCGAUAACACAUUAAACCCAGAUUUUGUGCGAAAGUUUGUCCUUGACUAUUUUUUUGAAGAAAAACAAAAUCUCCGAUUUGAUGUGUAUAAUGUCGACUCAAGAAGUUCCAACAUUUCAAAACAUAAGGAUUUUCUCGGACAGACAUUUUGCACUUUAGGAGAGGUUAUUGGUUCUCCUGGCAGUCGACUGGAGAGAACUCUUUCUGGGAUUCCAGGGAAGAAAUGCGGGACCAUUAUCUUAUCUGCAGAGGAGUUGAGCAACUGUCGGGAUAUUGCAACCAUGCAGCUCUGUGCCAAUAAACUCGAUAAGAAGGAUUUUUUUGGGAAGUCUGACCCCUUUCUUGUCUUUUAUCGCAGCAAUGAAGACGGAACGUUCACUAUCUGCCAUAAAACAGAGGUUGUGAAGAACACCCUGAAUCCCGUCUGGCAGCCCUUUACGAUUCCUGUGCGGGCAUUAUGCAAUGGCGACUAUGACAGAACAGUUAAAGUAGACGUCUAUGACUGGGAUCGAGAUGGCAGCCAUGACUUCAUCGGGGAAUUCACUACAAGCUAUCGGGAACUUUCUAGAGGACAAAGCCAGUUCAAUGUCUAUGAGGUAUUAAAUCCAAAAAAGAAGGGAAAGAAGAAAAAAUACAUAAAUUCAGGCACAGUCACCUUACUGUCCUUCAAGGUCGAUUCUGAAUACACCUUUGUGGAUUAUAUCCGAGGAGGAACUCAGCUUAACUUUACGGUAGCAAUCGAUUUCACGGCAUCUAAUGGAAAUCCCUCGCAGCCAACCUCUCUGCACUACAUGAAUCCGUAUCAGAUGAAUGCCUAUGCCAUGGCCCUCAAGGCUGUGGGAGAAAUCAUUCAGGACUACGACAGUGACAAGCUCUUUCCUGCGUAUGGAUUUGGGGCCAAGUUACCACCGGAUGGAAAAAUCUCUCAUGAGUUCGCACUGAAUGGAGAUCCUGAAAAUCCCAACUGUGUAGGAAUUGAAGGUGUCCUGGAGUCGUACUUCCAAAGCCUUAGAACGGUGCAGCUGUAUGGACCUACCAACUUUAGCCCUGUGAUCAAUCAAGUAGCAAGGUCAGCAGCUAAAGUGACGGAUGGCUCCCAGUAUUUUGUCCUUUUGAUGAUCACAGAUGGAGUUAUCUCUGACAUGGUCCAGACAAAGGAAGCCAUUGUUAAUGCUGCUUCCCUUCCAAUGUCUGUUAUAAUUAUUGGAGUUGGACCAGCAGAGUUUGAUGCAAUGGAGGAAUUAGACGGAGAUGAAGUACGCGUCUCAUCUAGGGGGCGUUUUGCAGAAAGAGACAUCGUGCAGUUUGUGCCAUUUCGAGAUUACAUUGACCGCUCUGGAAACCAAGUGUUGAGUAUGGCCCGCCUGGCCAAGGAUGUACUAGCAGAGAUCCCAGAACAGUUACUGUCCUUUAUGAAAUCCCGUGGAAUUGAACCUCGUCCUGCCCUUCCUUCAUCACAGCAGGCACUUCACAUGAGGAUCUAGCCAGAAGAUGUCUUGGUAUAAUCUUAGUGAAGUUCACCUCUAGUAACACUGUGUGUAAAUCCACAUCUGACGAUCAAGAACACUAAUGGGUUCAAAGACCGUUCUCCCUUCAUCGGGCUCUCAGCAUUGCAUGGAUGAGAACCUUUCUGUCUUAUAAUUCUGUGUGCCUGUCAGUAUUCUUUAUAGUUGUCCACAGUUUAUACCAAAAGUUCUUUCUUCCUCCACCAAGCAUGUUUUUCAGCACCUUCAAAUGUGAUGUAUUUCUGACUUUUCACAUUGUUCUGUAGAGGUCCUAUUAAAGAAGAGAAGAUGCUUUCCCCACACUUGGGUUUGAAGAAAUGAAGGAUUAGACUGUUUUGAAUAAGUCAGGAUGUGCACACUUGGGGGUGCCCUUUAAAUUUCAACAGUCCCUGCACUGCCUUCGCAAGAAGAGGAGCAAAGAAUGAGAGAUCAACCAUUUUCUGCAGGUCCAAUAGAUUUCAUAACUCAAGAAAGACCAAUGGAAACAUUCAUUUCUUUACCUUAAUGACUGGCCAAAGGCUGUUUUCCCUCUAUGAUGGAAUGAUGGAAAUCAUAUCAAAUUUUAGAAAAAGAAGUGUUAUCUGUAACUUCCUUCUGGUUCAGUCCAUCUAGCUAGCCUUCUAAUUCACCCCAUAGAAAAAUGCUUUGAGUUCCAGCUAAAUGUUUUUAUAUAUUGCAUUUUGAUAUACAGUACCUGUCAGAGAAAGUAGUAAGGGGCAUGUUGUUUUCAGCCAAACUAACACAGGGUCUGCCAUAGUAAAGAAAACCACAAAUUACAGGACAUGCAUUGACCCAACGUAUCUGAACUAAGGUAGGUAGAAGAGAUAAAGGUGACCCCAUCACAAAAGAAAUGGACAUGAGUGGAUCCCAGAAGUACUCCCUAAAGGGGUUAUAUGGUACACAAUUCCAGUGACUUCAAAAUGAGCCCAUGGCAGCAGAUUUGUGGCUUGUGCUUCAUCCUUACUAAUAUCCUGGCCAGUGGAGAUCAUUAACCAGUGCUUUAAGACAUGGUCAAAAUGACAAAAGCACAAUUUCAACCACAAGAUAACCAUCAGAGCUUAAUGUGAGCGCAAAAAUGUCAUCUUGGAUUGUUUUACUUGCAACUGUUACCAUUAAAUAAGCUGUCAGCUGAUGUGACGAGGGCACUUAUUGAAUUAAUGGGAAUCCAAAAAACACCAGUCUUCAUUAGAGGGAACUCUAGGUGGAUCGUGAGUGUUAAUAACCAUUGGUUUUCUCUUCCUUCCAACCAGAUAUCUUUGUUUCUCUUCAAUGAUUCUGCCCUUAGUGCUUCUUUCAAGAGGUAGCAUGAAUUGGAUUAUGGAGGUCUGAGAAUAUUAUGCAAUGUCACAUCGUCUUUUAUUGGUCAACAGCUAAAACAAAAAAAAAAGGUCAGAUAGCGCAUCGAUUACGGCCAUUAUGUUGUCUUUAUAAAGAGACAAGCAGACAAGUGUUAACCUUAUCUGACUGUAAUAUCACUAUGCUUAAAUUCUCGCUAUAAGUAAUGUGACUCAUUUAUGGCAUGCAAUUUUUUUCAUUUCAGUAAGUCAUCAAUCAGUGUUACUUUUGGGGUAUAUAAAGCCGUUUGAGGCAAGCACUAUCAUGUAAUGUUCUUAAGAAAGCAGUAAAGAACAAUAUGUUAAGGUCAAACAGGAAAAGCAAAGCAUUUAAAACCAGGGGUGCCUACAGGAAGGGAAGAUGGGAGCAUUUGUCGCUGGCCCUGGGCUAGUGGGGGUCCCCAGGAGAAUCUGUGAGCAAAUGUUUUGUCUUUCUAACAGCAAUGUUAGU